GCAGGACACCUGGGGACACAGACACAGCUGCAGGCAGGGACAGCUCCAGGCAGCAGAGCAGGGGGUGUUCAGGAGCUCUUUCGGUCCUUGUCUGCAGAUGAUGCUGGGUGUUGUGUGCUGGGCAAUGAUCUGACUGUCCCUUUAGGACAUGUCGCUUUCAGGAGCCUGACCCUGCUCUGCCUGUCCUGCUGGGCUCACGAGCUGCCCCCAGAAAGGCUCAGGUCUGCUGUAGGAUCCCAGCAGUGCUGAGCCUUUCCUUGGGGUCCGCACUGUCCUCUCAGAGUCCUUUGCUUCACUCGGUGAGAGGUCGGGUCCUGCUCUCUCCAUCACAUCUCCGCCAGUGGGCUGGAACAGAGAACAGUUUGCAGAUCUGCCCUUUCAAACAAUGCUCCCCCGCUCCCAUAUGAGUCCAAAUAUUUGGGGUUUUUUAAGGAGUAAUUUGUGUGUGAAGUCAUCUUCAAAGUAGCACAAGCAAAGGCACAGGAGCGAUGGCAAGAAGACUGAUGGACUCUUCUGCUGUCCUGACUCUGCACUGAGCCACAGAAAGAUGAGCCCUUUCGCCUGUCCUCUCUCAAGACUCUUCACAUUUUACCUCAUAAAGAUGAAGAUUUUGACCCCUACAAAAACCCAGUCACGGGAUGUGAUGGUGAAAAACUAAAAACACAGACAAAAUCAUUACAAAGACAUGUUAAAACACGGCUCUGCUUCCCGUGCUUUUCAGUGUCAAGAGUGCAGAUACUGACGAUUUCCAUUAACAAUGCAUAAAAUCGGACACCGCUUGUGAACGUUGGAGCUGCCACAACCCAGCUCCCGUGUCCCCAGUGCAGCAGAGCAGAGCUGGCUGCUUGGCAGCACACGGGCAGAGGUUCUGCUGCUCACAGCACACUCAGCCAGCACAGACCAGAGAAAGGAAACGCAUUUCAGUUGGGGUGAUGUUAAUGAAAAAGAGAGUAGUUUUGCUCCGUGGAGUCUGUCCUAAUAUUAAGUUGUUGUUUCCUUUUUUGAACAGAGAAACAGCCAAUGUCCAACAGCAGCUCCAUCACCCAGUUCCUCCUCUUGCCAUUCACAGACACACGGGAGCUGCAGCUCUUGCACUUCUGGCUCUUCCUGGGCAUCUACCUGGCUGCCCUCCUGGGCAACGGCCUCAUCAUCACCACCAUAGCCUGUGACCAGCACCUCCACACCCCCAUGUACUUCUUCCUCCUCAACCUCUCCCUCCUUGACUUGGGCUCCAUCUCCACCAUUGUCCCCAAAUCCAUGGCCAAUUCCCUUUGGGACACCAGGACUAUCUCCUAUCGAGGAUGUGCUACACAGCUCUUUUUUUUUCUCUCCUUGAUCUCUGUUGAGUAUUCCCUUCUCACCAUCAUGGCCUAUGACCGCUACGUUGCCAUCUGCAAACCCCUGCACUACGGGACCCUCCUGGGCAGCAGAGCUUGUGUGCACAUGGCAGCAGCUGCCUGGGCCAGUGGCUUUCUCAACACUUUUCUACACACGGUCAACACAUUUUCACUGCCACUCUGCAAGGGCAAUGCUGUGGACCAGUUCUUCUGCGAAAUUCCUCAUAUCCUCAAGCUCUCCUGCUCACACUCCUACCUCAGGGAAGUGUGGCUUCUUGUUGUUAGCUCCUGUUUAGUCUUUGGGUGUUUUGUGUUCAUUGUGGUGUCCUAUGUGCAGAUCUUCAGGGCCGUGCUGAGGAUCCCCUCUGAGCAGGGACGGCACAAAGCCUUUUCCACGUGCCUCCCUCACCUGGCCGUGGUCUCCCUGUUUGUCAGCACUGGUAUUUUUGCUCACCUGAAGCCCCCUUCCAUCUUCUCCCCAAACCUAGAUCGGGUGGUGUCCGUUCUGUACUCGGUGGUGCCUCCAGCAGUGAACCCCCUCAUUUACAGUAUGAGGAACAAAGAGAUCAAGGAUUCCCUGAGGAAAUUAUUUGACCAAGGAAUACUGCAGUAUCAAUAAGCAGUCUAUCAUCCUCAGGAGAAAGCUUGGAGGCUUUUUUUAACAUAUAUGUCUUGGUUUUCUUUUUGUUUAAUAUACUUCAAAUCAUAUUCCCACUGAAAGAAUAUUAUUUAUUGCCCUCUACCAGUGUUUUGUGGUGUAAAGUCCUCAUAUACAAAUGGAGCAUUGCUCCCAGUGCAGGUAAACACAGUAAA